UUGGAUCUCCAGUUCAAUUUUAGAAUGGCAUCUGUUUCAGCUCUAACGGAGGAACUGGAUUCUGUAAACAACGAGCUACAUGCAAUAGACAUUCAAAUUCAAGAACUUCAGGAAAGGCAACAAGAGCUUAUUCAAAAAAAAACAGUCCUGACAAAGAAAAUACAGCAGUGUUUCGAGGGUUCUGAUGCUGGGGCAAGCGACAGCUGUGAUUCUUCACCUGCUGCUUGGAAUAAAGAAGAUUUUCCGUGGUCUGGUAAAGUGAAAAAUGUUCUACAAAAUGUCUUUAAACUGCAGAAGUUCAGACUGCUUCAGCUUGAAACUAUUAAUGCCACAAUGGCUGGAAAGGAGGUGUUUCUCAUUAUGCCUACAGGUGGUGGAAAGAGCUUAUGCUACCAGUUACCAGCUUUGUGUUCAGAUGGUUUUACACUUGUCAUUUGCCCAUUGAUUUCUCUUAUGGAAGACCAAUUAAUGGUUUUAAAACAACUGGGAAUUUCAGCUACCAUGUUAAAUGCUUCUAGUUCUAAGGAUAGAAAGAGGGUCACUUUGUUUGUGUUUUCAGAUUAUAAGUCACUUGGUAUAUUGAAGCGGCAGUUCCCUAACACGUCACUAAUUGGGCUGACUGCAACUGCAACAAACCACGUUUUGAAGGAUGCUCAGAAAAUUUUAGGUGUUGAAAAUUGUUUUACUUUUACUGCUUCUUUUAAUCGGCCAAAUCUUUAUUAUGAGGUUCGGCAGAAGCCCUCAAACAUGGAAGAUUUUAUUGAGGAUGUUGUAAAGCUCGUUAAUGGGAGAUACAAAGGGCAAUCAGGAAUCAUAUAUUGUUUUUCUCAGAAGGACUCUGAACAAGUUACAAUUAGUUUACAGAAUUUGGGAAUUCAUGCAGGUGUUUACCAUGCUAAUAUGGAGCCGGAAGUUAAGACCAAGGUUCAUAGAGGUUGGGCAGCCAAUGAAAUUCAGGUAAUGGUGGCAACAGUUGCAUUUGGUAUGGGAAUCGAUAAGCCAGAUGUGAGGUUUGUUAUUCAUCAUUCAAUAAGUAAAUCCAUGGAAAAUUAUUACCAAGAGAGUGGACGUGCAGGUCGAGAUGACAUGAAAGCUGACUGUAUUUUGUACUAUGGCUUUGGAGAUAUAUUCAGAGUAAGUUCAAUGGUGGUGAUGGAGAAUGUGGGACAGCAGAAGCUUUAUGAGAUGGUAUCAUACUGUCAAAACAUAAGCAAAUGUCGCCGUGUAUUGAUAGCUCAACAUUUUGAUGAAGUAUGGAACUCAGAAGCAUGUAACAAAAUGUGUGAUAACUGCUGUAAAGAUAUUUCAUUUGAAAGAAAAAAUGUAACAGAGUAUUGCAGAGAUCUAAUCAAGAUCCUAAAGCAGGCAGAGGAACUGGAUGAAAAACUCACUCCACUGAAACUGAUUGAUUCUUGGAUGGGAAAGGGUGUAGCGAAAUUAAGAGUAAGAAGUGUCGUUCCUCCCACACUUCCUCGUGAAGACCUGGAGAAAAUUAUUACACACUUUCUUCUACAGCAGUAUCUUAAAGAAGACUACAGUUUUACAGCUUAUGCUACCAUUUCGUAUUUGAAAAUAGGACCUAAAGCUAAUCUUCUGAACAGUGAGGACCAUGUUAUUACUAUGCAAAGAGAGAGGCCCGACCAGAGCUGUUUCAGGGUUGAACCAUCUCAAACUUGUCAUUCUGAACAACCUGAUAAAAAGGAAGGAAAAAAUUCAGGUAACUUCCAGAAGAAGUCCGCAAACAUGCUUCAACAAUCUGGUUCUAAGAAUUCAGGGGCUAAGAAAAGAAAAAUUGAUGAUGCCUGAAAUGAGUGUUACCAAAUUUUCUAAGAAAAGAUUAGUUUAUGCAUGUAUACACCAUUAUUUUAUAGUUAAUCAAAAGUUUAAUUUUAAAAACAAUUUCACUGAUAUUUUAUAUAUAUGGCGCUAUAUUUUCAGAGCUUAUAU